AUUUAUUCUACUGUCCACUGUGCAAUGUGUAUUAAAUUUUGAUUGUCGACGCAGGGGGUUUGUUAGUUCUUGGAGCGUAAUGAAAUGUAAAUACUUUUAAAAAUGUUUCUUCGUCAUUAUUUACCUGAUUGUGCACUUCCUUUUCCCCCUUAGUAGAGUGUGAAAUUUAAUAUUUGUGUACAAAAUGAACACGUGGAAAUAAAUAACAUAUUAAUCCUUUGUCAUGGAAAUGGCGACUGAUGAUGAUCCCAGCUCCCUGUGGCUGAGUGGGAUGCUUCAGUUCAAUGACUCGAACAGCAUGUUGCUGCAGCAAGGGCAGCAGGACCCUGACUUUUGCAGCAUGGCGGAGGACUCCUUCGACACACCUGGUCGCCUCAAAGUGGAGAUGGGUGGCUACAUGAUGCUGGAGGAGUACGACCAGUUCGGGGAGGAGAUGCCACAGGUGGUUGCCUCGCCCGCCCAGGCGGCCCUCACGCCGCCCGAUGCCGGCUACUCUGCCUCCAUGGACGAGCUCAUGAACAACAGCAACCGCAAGAUACGGCCCAUCUUCCACCCGGCGCUCAAGCUGCAGACGCCCAUCGCCUACCAGAAGGACACUGACCCCAGCGUCAUACCCAUUCUGAAGGAGGGCAUGGCUGUGUGUGCACACUGUGGGGCGAUAGGAGUGAAGCAUGCAUUCUACACCAAGGAGCGGCGGUUUUGUAGUUUACUCUGCUCCAGAGAGUUCCAGGAGAUAGAGAGACUAAAAGCAAAACAGCAGACUACCAACCGUGAUGUUGCGGACAACGGAGAUAUCACAAUGAAGGAAUUAAUGGGUUCUGAGCCAAUGGCAUCUCCUGAGUCUGCGUCUAUGCCUACCCAGUAUAUUCUCCCUCUGCCGGGCAUGGACGAGCCUCCUCUCAGUCCUCCUGGCAAGCGGAAUCGAUCUGACGUCUACAAGAACAAUGCUUGGAGCAAGGAGGUUCUGUCUGAGGUUGGCUUUGUUGCCACACCUGUUUCCUGUUUCAAACAUGCCCCCAUUUCAGAAAUAUGGGACAACAUUACUGUCGGAAUGAAAGUAGAGGUAGAGAGCAAAGACUGUGACGAUGUCUCGGAAACAUCUCGGGACUCGUUUUGGGUUGCAACUGUUUUGAAAGUUGCAGGCUACUACGCGUUGCUGAGGUACGAAGGCUUCGACCAGAAUGACAGCAAAGACUUCUGGGUAAACCUAGGAACCUCGUCUGUGCAUCCUGUGGGCUGGUGUGCGACCAGAGGCAAGCCGCUCAUCCCACCAAAGAGUAUCGAGGCCAAGUACAAAGACUGGAAAGAGUUCCUGGUUGAGCGAUUGACUGGUGCAAGAACCCUGCCCACAAAUUACUUCCACAAAGUGAAUGAGAGCAUGCAGUCUCGCUUCAGCCAAGGCAUGAUGCUGGAGGCAAUGGACAAGGACCAGAUCAACCAAGUGAAGGUGGCCACUAUCCACAAGAUAGUCGGCAAGCGGCUGAAUCUCAAGUACUGGGACCUGCCCGUCCAUGCUGGCUUCUGGUGCCACGAGGACUCGUGCCUCAUUCACCCCGUGGGCUGGGCCCUGCGCGUGGGGCACGAGAUCAGCGCCCCCCCGGAGUACUUGGAGCGCUGUGCAGGGGGAAAGUCCCCCAGCGAGGCGGCCCCCAAAGAGCUCUUCAGGGUGCCGCCGAACCACCACACUCCGCCGAGUGUCGACUUCAAGGAAGGCAUGAUGCUGGAGACCAUGGACCCCCUCAACCCUUCUUCUAUCUGCGUGGCGACCGUGAAGAAGGUUUUGAAGGAGGGUUACCUGAUGAUCCGCGUGGACUCCUUCGAACCGUAUGCGAACCGUGGCGAUUGGUUCUGCUUCCACAAGAGCUCGCCACUGCUUUUUCCAGCGGGCUACUGUGAUGUGAACAAUAUCCCACUCUGUCCCCCUCUCAGCCAUGCCCACCAAGAGUUCUGCUGGGAGAGCUACCUGCAGGAGACGAACGCAAGUACUGCACCGCUAGAGUUGUUCACGCGGGACUUCCCGGCACACGGCUUCGUGGAGGGCAUGCGACUGGAAGCGGCCGAAGUGAUGGAGCCAGGGAGGAUAUGCGUGGCCACCGUGAUGAGGGUUGCGGGCCGCAUGAUCAAGAUACACUUCGACGGCUGGGACGACGAGUUCGACCAGUGGCUGGACCACGAGAGCCCGGACAUGUACCCUGUGGGCUGGUGUCAGCUGGUGGGGCACCGGCUGGAGCCCGCCCGCCAGCCCGACGAGGACAGGGCGACCAGCAAGACGCCCAAAGGCGUGAAGAAGAAACCUCGUAAACAAAAGAAGGGCAAGGGUUUGCCGCUCCACAGCGCGGGGAGCGGCGCGAAGAAGGCAACUCAGGGUCAGGGUGCUCAGGCUGCCAAACCAAGCAACGGGAAUGACCGCUCACCGCGGGAGCCUGCCCAGGCCACGAAGUUGACCCCCGACAUUCACCACUUGCAGGCUGGAGGAGAAGUGGUUCCCGAGGGCAGUGGUGUCGUGGGACGGGAGCCGGAAAUGGGGCAGGAGCCAUCAGGCCCAGACCAGUCCCUGCCAGUAUCCACGGAGCCGAACCAGCCACCCAUUCCUCGUGAGAGGCCCGCUUCAUCUUACAUCAGCAUGCCAGCAACGAGUUCCAAGUGUAUCCCACGACUUGUUGACUCGACUGGGUAUUGUGGCGAGCCUGGAGACCUAGUUCCUUCAGAGUGGAACGUGUUUGAUGUGGCACAGUUUUUGCGUGUUAAUGAUUGUGCUGCCUACUGUGAUAAUUUCAGCAAGAAGAAAAUAGAUGGAAAUGCACUGCUUGCGCUAACCAAAGAUGAAAUCAUUGACUUGGUGGGCAUGAAGGUAGGUCCGUCUGUGAAGAUUUACGAUCUCAUCCAGCAGCUGAAGAUAAAGGUUAACCCUGCCAAGGAGCGGAUGAAGGCCAGCUUUUCGAAGAAAAUCUUAUAGUAGUUGUUCCUCUUUCGAAAAGUGCGUUCUGUCUUCGUGUUACAGGCGUGUGUCUUUGUCAAGACGAUCCACCAAUGUUCCAAGCCCUUUGAGGUAUUUUGUCGUGGCGCACUUAGCGUUGAGAGAUCUGGCUCACCCACACUGGACUUCACAUACUGUUCUUUAUGACUCCUCUGGAUCUUAUGGCGAACAAGAAAGCAGUACUGUAGUGUCAUAGAAAAAAGCUGUGAAAUAGUGGAAUUAAUAUUGUUACAAACAUAUGUUGGGAGAACUGGGUUCGUAAGGAAUAGCUUAAUUAAGUUUUCUUACAGUUUUAUUAAUUACUAAAAUUUACAUUACUAAUAAAUAAUUGUAUUUUAAAAUGACUAUAACCAAUCACUUGAACUUAAAAUGUUUAUUCGCAAGUCACUCAAUAUAUUGUCAAAUUCCACAGUUUGCACUCCUCAGUUUGCCUAGGCUCGAUAGUGAUUCACCCCUUAACUCGCGCCUGUCCUCACACACACAGCCUUACGCCAUUCAGUCGUACUCUCACGGUCCCGUCUCGAGGGGGUCGCACUUCCCUACAUUCGCGGAACUCUCCAAACUCUCAGAACUUCUGUGGAAGCUGGCGACACUGUUUAUAUACACCAUAGCAUCCUUCUCAAAACGGAUGAGAGCAGCUGUGACUAGUCGCAUCAUCCCGGGCCGACCUGAUGCUCGAAACAUUGAGAAUAACCCCGAGUCUUGUUCUCCAAGCAUGGCGGCAUCGUCUGUAGGCCCGCAGAAUUCCCAGACUGUUAAAAGUGUCAGUGACAAUAAACCGAAGCGGGACGGUGAGCGGGGAGUGGAUGGGUAGCGAGACCCUUGAAAUCUGGCCGGGCAUGCGUGGCUUGCGUGACGUCAGCGCCCGUGCGGGGCCGAUGGUCAGACUCGCUGGAAGGCCCGCUCAGGUACCUGGCACACAUCGCGGCCUUGCCUCCUAGUACACAUGUAACACUGCCCCCUCCUUAAAGCAGUUCAUCCCGAACAGGUAACAUCUCCCUUCCGGCAUAUUCCCUCAAUCUGUCCAAAUGUAACACUUUCAUCCUUCUUCUCUUUCCUGUCUGGAUGCGGUAGACCACAUCAUUUAGUCGUUUCAAGACUUCAUAUGAGCCUUCCCACACUGCUUGAAGCUUAGGGCACCUGCCCUUCCUUCAUUGCGGGUUGUUCAGCCAUACCAAAUCGCCCUCCUGAAAUCAGGUUGAGUUAGCCUUCAGGUCGUACCUCGUCUUCAUUCGGUUCGUCGCUAAUCAAAGAUUUUUGCGGGCUUCUUCAUUUGUAAGUGCCAUUCACUUCUCUAGACGAUUCACGUAAUCAGUGAUGCUGGUCGGCUCUCUGCAAGAAAGACCAAACUUGACUUCACAGGGCAGCCUCAACUCCUGUCCAAACACAAUACUCACAGGGGUCUGCCCAGUGCAGUCAUGGAUGGCAGACCUAUCUGCUAUCUGGAACAAAUGGAUGUGUUGAUGCUCAGCGUCAACCUUUGAAAGGUGUUCCUUCAGAGUGAUUUUGAACCUCUCCACCAUGCCAUCGGACUGAGGAUGUAGGGUUUAAGUCCAGGUUUUAUUUAUUCCCAGGAACUGACACACCUCCAGAAAUAUUGUUGACUUGAAAUUGCGGCCUUUGUCUGAUUGAAGCUCCAUUGGUACCCCAAAUCUACAAAUGAAGUUGUUGACUAUUGCAUCUUGGCUUCUUGGUUAGGAAGUGCAUAAGCCUCUGGCCACAUACUGAAGUAAUCCAUUGCUACCAGAAUAUACCAGUUACCAUAUUUAGUCUUGGGAAAUGGUUUAACGAUAUUGAUGGCUAUCCUCUCAAGGGUGGGGGCCCCUACAUUGUAGGCCCUCAUUUUCCUAUGACUCCGGUGUUGUGGCCCUUUUUAGCCAAGCAUGCUUCACAUUGUGUACACCAAGCCUCCACAUUCUGGAGACAUCUCAACCAAUAUUAGUGUUGAAGGAUCUUGACUACAGUUUAUUUUACCCGUAGAUGACCACUAUAGGUACCAUCAUAGAUUUCCUUCAACACCUCUGCCACUAGACUGUUUGGAAGGAGUAGUUGCAUGGUAACUACUUAUUCAUUUGGACUCUCCCAUGCCAUGCCCUCAUUAGCAGCCCGUUUACCAUCCUUAAAAAAUCUCACUGUGCUCAGUAAGCUUUUACAGCCAUUCAGUCACUUGACAGCCAUGAUGGGCAUUCAGUACCGUUCUCUAGCUAGUUUAUCAUGGGUGCCAGGUCAGGAUCUUGCUGCUGUGCUGCUUUCAAGCUGGCAUUAUCUCCUCACACCAGCUACUGCUCGUUUCCCUGUUGAUCUUCCUGUUUCUCUUCCUGCUGCGAUGUCUUCCUGCAUGUCGGACAGUCCCACUGAAUGUGUCCUGGCUCAUUGCAGACAAAGCACCAUGGGCGUGGUUACCUGGAGUGUCACUCAAUGCCCUGAGAAUAUCUACUUCAUUAGUGGUGUUUCUGGCAUUUGCUCAAUUGUUGGGCUCCAGUCCAGCUCUCCUUGUCCUGAUGCUUGUGUUUCUUGAGGCACUGCAGGAAAUGUACUUAGGCCUCACAGCUCUUCUUGUGCUGGGCCAAACGAAGAGUAUGCUGAACCUCUGCAACUCUAUAUAAGCACUAGUGACUAGAUGCUAGCGGCACUCCGUUAAAGCUUCCGGGUAGGUGAGGUGCAUGAGUAGCUCAAUGUCAGCUUUGAAUUCUUGGAGUGUUUUCAAAGAUCACUGUUGGCGUGUCCUCAGGGCUGUUCUGUACACCUCGCCCAUGUGUCAGUCGCCAUACCUCAGCUCAAGGGUCUCUACUAAUACUCUAUAGUCUUUCUGUUCUGGGACUGGUAUGGUCUGCAGCAGCUAUAAUGGAGAUCCUCUCAGGGCCAAGAUGAGUGCCAUAUCCUUUUAUUCCUCGCCCUUACCAUUUACUUCUGCGGCUGCCUUGAACUGUCUUCUGUACACUGUCCACGAAGAUUGACCAUCGAAGUGGCUGUUGGAUGUUCCCUCCGCCUUAACAUCCUCAGAGAAACUUUUAUGGUUCGUGGCAGUUGAGGCUUCUUUGACCAUCCAUCGACACUCCUUGGUUACAGCUUUUACGUACCGUUAAGUAUCCUGCUCCAUUACCCUCAAACUGAAUUCUUGUGUUGUCGAUUUUCAUAAUUUCUUCUUGAACAGCAACUAUUACAUUUUGCAUCUCCUCUUGGCCCCUCUUCAUUUCUUCUUGGUUCUUCAUGUCUUCAAUCUUAGUCUUCAUAGCAUUCUUUAUCUCCUUUUGGCAGUUAUUCAUUUAAUUCGUCAUCUUGGCAGUUUUUCAUUUCAUUCUUCUUCUCUUCUUGGCUAUUAUCAAUUUUAUUCUUCAUCUUUUCUUGCCUUUUAUCAAUUUUAUUCUUCAUCUCUUCUUGGUUACUCUCCAUUUAAUUAUUUAUCUUAGCCAAAAAAGCCAUUUUUUUUUUUAAGUUCGUUGGCCGCCAUCUCUUGUGUCUACAUACACUACCAGCCAAUUACUACUGUCUUAUGACUACUCUGCACUACAAUGUAAUUUCCCGUACGAGCUUACCUAAACCUCUACUAAAAACUAACACUAACUGUACUACUAUUACAACACUUAAAAUCUAACUACAGUUCCUAAACUAACUCAAUUUUCGAAUAACUGAAUUUAAAAAAUGUUUUAUUAUUUAUAAAUGUUAGUUAAAAAAACUGUACCACUUCUGACACCAAGAAUGUUACAAACUUAUGUGGGAAGAACUGCUUUUGUAAGGGAUAGUCCAAUUAAGUUUUAUUAUGUUUUAUUAUGAUUUUAUUAAUUACUAAUAUUUAUGUUACCAAUAAAUAAUUGUACUUACAAAUGUCCGAUCACCUAUCACUUGCACUUAAAAAUGUUUAUUCGCAAGUCACUUAAUGUCUGUCAAGUACUACAGUUCGCACUCCUCACUGGAGCUAGGCUCGACAGUGAUUGGUCUCUUACCUCGCGCCUCUCCUUACACACAGCCUCGCCCCACUUAGUUGCACUCUCAUGGUUCCGUUGCUCCUCGUCGUGCCGCUCUCGACGGGGUCUCUCGCCAUUUUUACGGACAUUGCACUUCCCUUCACUCGCGGAACUCUCCGAACUCUCAGGACUCCUGCCGAAGCCGGCGUUGCUGGUUCUACGGAAUGGACGAGAGCGGGUGUGAUGAGUCACAUCAUCCCAAACCGACCUGACGCCCGAUACAUCGAGAAUGGCCCCAAGUCACGUCCUCCAAGCACAGGGCCAUCCUCUGAAGAUUUGUAGAACUCCCAGGCCGCUAAAAGUUGCAGUGACAAUAGUCCGAAGCGGGACGGUGAGUGGGGUGUUGAGGGGAUGGGUAGGGAGACCCUUGUAAUCCGGCCGGGCACCUGUGGCAUGCGUGACGUCAACACCCAUGCAUUAUGCUGGCCAGACUCGCUGGAAGGCCCGCUCAGGUGCCUGGCAGGCAUCGUGGCCUUGCCUUCUAGUACACAUGUAACAAUAUUAAUUGCACAGAGGUUUGAUAUGCAUAUGGAUUGAUGGGUGUUUACUAGGGAUGAAUCAUGUUAAAUUUCUAAUCCCUUGAUUGUGUUGAUUCCUGCUGUAAUUAUAAAUCAUACAUUAUUUUCAUGAGAUUCAGUGUGUUCAUUUCAAAUGUUUGUUGCCUUGGCACAUCAGGUAUUAUGUUUUCAGACAUGAUGUACUCACCGUGUUAAUGAAAAUCACACAAUAAUAUACAGGGCUGCUGUUUUCCCCAGCUUUUUUUUUACUAACAUAUAUUUAAUGAUAUUCUGCAGAAAUUUUUGCACAGGUAAUGCUGUCACAGGUGAAGAAAAAUUUGAAGGGUAAUUUAGGUGGUUUGGCCAAUAGAAAUUCUUACUACAGACUAUAAUAGUUGAUUGAGCCAUGUAUGAUGAUGUAAGUAAUGUUCUUUGGAUUGGCCAUCUGAUUGAAUCCACAAAAAUUGUAAUCAUAUUUGUAAUAAGAAUGAAAACAAAUAUUUAAACCAGAAUCAAAGAGUUAUAUAAUCAACCCAUCUGUAGUAGUUACAUUAAAAUAUUUUAAAUUAUCAAUUUCUGUAUAAUAUAUUCAAAUAUGCACAUUAAUCUAAAUUUUUUUGCACCUGCUUAUUUCAUACAUGCAGGUUGUUCAAUAAGAAACUUAAGCUUAAUAUGUGUAAUACAUAUAUAUGUAUAAAUAUAGUUUGGAGAAACAUGAGUCUACCGGUUAGACUAAAUUAUAGAAAAUAUUUGAAUUGCCUUUUUGUAUGUGAAUGUGGGGCAGGACAGAAGAGCGGGAAAUAGAUUCUAAGUAUUAGUUCAUGUAGAAAUGUAGUAUCUAAAUUUGGCUGAAUUUAUGCUAAAAUUAUGUAGCUAGUAUAGUUUUUAGUACUCUUUUAAUCUGAAUCUUGUGUCUUGCGAGGAAAAAAAUGUUUUUAUUUAUAUGUAGGACUUUUUAUUACUAAUAUUGGGCAAAUAACUAGGCCAUUAGUUUUUUUAGUUUGAAUCGAAUACGAAUCUCAAAUUCUUGAAUACGAAUAUUGAAAAUUAACUUGUUAGUAUUAUAAUCCCACUAAAUUUUUUUUUUUCACAUAUAUACAAAUACAUGUAGAAUAAAAAAGUUAAUGUGUUGUUUAUUGGCUUCUGGGAAAUUACAUAAAUAUACUAAUUGAUAGGUUGGUUAUGUUAAGUCAGCUACAAUUACUAUAGGUAAAAAUUUGUUAAAAUAUUUAAAUUUUGAAGGAAGAUAUAAAUAAUUAUUUUUCUUGGUAAUCAAAAUAUGAACUGCAAAAAAAAACGGCAAAGAGAACAUGUAAGGCAGUUGCAGUUUGUGUGAAGUACCUUCAAGAGGGUGAGUUUUAAAAGAAUGUACAGUGAGCAGUUUUAAUCUAUAGUUAAAUACGAUUUAGGUCUAAAAAAAUUUAAAACUUGUCUGUUUGAAUUUUUCACUAUGUGAAAAUAAAUAAUUAUAUAUACAUAUUAACAUUCAUGGAUUACACUUUUUGGCUUGUUUUAACUGACGUGUAUCCGGUUGUCUGUCGUUCACUGUUUAUUACCCACCAGAAAAACGUUAAGCUUUAGGAGUCUUUGCUUGAGUAUGCAUUCCACUAGAUCUAUACAAGUUUUUUUCUCUUCUCCACCAGGAAACUAAUCACGGAGCUGGCAUGUGAUAUUUCUACCCUCUGAUCUGAAAACUGUCAACUUAAACCCACUCCCCCCUCCUUUUUUUUGCAGUGUUUUUUUUAAUAUUUUUACAUACACAUAUUUAUCUUUAUAAGUAUGCUGUCAGUUGUAAUAUAUUCUAACUCGUAAAAUACUUUAGCUGAUGUGUUAGUAAUGGUUCUGAAUUGUGUUAAAUUUGGCUUUACUAUAUUAGUUUACUCAAAAUUUAUAUGGCCAGAUGUAACAAAAAAACUCCACGUAAAUAACCCCAAAACAUUAUGAAAAUACUGUGGAAAUUUUGUCCCCACUCACUGAAAAAAAUCUUCUGUGGUCCUGAAAUUUUUCCAGACUUUCGAGAUCCCGCACAGUUGUAUUCGUAAACAACUGAAUAUUUGUUUUUUUUUCCUUCUAAGUGUUAGUAUUCAAAAUCAUAUCAAAUAGGAAUAAUAAACUAUUCAUUUUGAUAUUUGAAAGUUUGAAUAUUUGCACAGGCCUGCAAAUAACUGGUUGUGAGUAUGAACUAAUAUUUUGAACAGACGUUAAACAUCUAUCCUAAACAUAACUUCUAGCCUUCCUAGCAGUUAUAUGCGUAGGAAUUGUAGAUUUGGGAAUGAGUAAUGUGACGCUAAGAGCUGUGGUCCCUGGGUGAUGCUGCAGGAAUCCACGGGCACUGCUGCCACCAGUUGGUUUGGUUCCCUAAAGGUCCCCUUCAGCUUCCCUGAAGGAACACUGAAUUUGAAUAUUGGUGUGCAAAGCUUUGGAUAAUUGAAGUCAAAUGGAAGUCGGAUUUUCUUUAACUCUGGUAAAAUUUAAAAAAAAUCUGAUAAGAUUCUGAAGAUUUUUUAAAAGCAGGUAGAAAUAAUAAAGAAAACUAGCAAAAUGCAGUAAAAAGUCCAAUUUAACAUGUUUUUUUUUUCUUUUGGGGGUCCUGUGAUAUUUCCUAUUUACAUUGCUGGAUCUCUUUUUAAGCCUGCUGACCUUUCAUGAGAGAUCUGGGAACUCUUUGCCUCUUAAAAUUUCCCCUCAUAACCUACAAUUCACGUACAGUACCAUUCUAGAUAUCUUUUAAAUAUCAUAAUUGUAUUGUGUUGCUAGUUGCACAAGAUGCUGUUUUUCACAGUUACCAAUUAAACUUAACAGUUUUAAGUGAGAUUCAUGUGGUCUGUAUCUUAAAUGGUUUAGAGGACAGUGCGUAGCCCCAUAGAAGGAACGUUUAAAUAGACAUGAAGUACACAGCUGCCACUAGUAGAAUCUGGUAACUGUCCAUUAUGAUAUGUACACAUGUUAUCUUAAAGUUUUGAUUCACAUAGUUUUAUUUGGAUUGUGAUUGCUUUGGUUAAAUAUGUUACAUAUGCAGUUAGUGAUCUAAUAUUUGUUACAUAUGCAGUUAGGGAACUAAUCUAUGUUACAUAUGCAGUGAAUAUACCAUACAUUCUGAUUUCAAUGUUUUGUACACAUAAUAUUUCAUACAUAAUAUAUUUUAUGUAGUUCUGGCUAUUAGUAAAUUAUCUUAUUUUUAUUUUCCUUUACUGAUGACUGCUUCAAUUCAGUAGUAGCUCGUGAAUUAUAGAUCAUCAGGCAACGGACCCGCAGUUCACUGCAUGCAGGGGAAUCUUAAAGGUACACACACUAUGCUUGCUAUGCCAAAGCAGACACACACUACAACUAAGCACAAUCCACAAUUCAUACCAGCUGCGAAAAUUAUUCUAAGUCCAAUUUUCACCAUUGUAGGGUUGCUCCCCCUCCCCCUCAUCCCUUAUUUGGGUUGGGGGGGGGGGGGCACUCCCACAGAGUUUUAAUGCAGCCCAUCGACUCUUUUUUAAUGAGGGAGGGCUUCACUUCUCCCCUCAUAUUCCUCUGGGAUGAGUUGGAACUAGGAGCGAAAGUUUCAUUCUUGAAUAAUGAGUACGAUGCAUCCAAAAUAUUCAUUUGAAUUGAAGUGCCUUUGAUACAUGUAAAAUUGUUUUUCCAGAAUAACAAACAUAUCUAUACUGUUUUGUAAUUCCCAACUUCAGAAAACUAUCAGAUAUUGUAAUGUAUCAAACACUGUUAGCUGUUAGCCGAUUUAGUUAUCCUGAAAUGUGUUGGGUUAUAUGUGUUCUUGCAGAUAAUCGGAAUAUCUGGGCUAACUUUGGAGCGUAAAAGCAUAAUUUUCUGUACCAAGCACUUACAGAGGUUAUAGGAAGAGCUCACAAAAUCAAUUAUACUAUUAUUUUAAUAAUGUGAAAUAAAUUUUUGGUGCAAACAAUUUGUUGAAAUUUAUGUUUGUAAAAAAUUUUAAAAUUUUAAUGCCAGAUGUUUAUACUGCAUAUUCUGAUUAUAUUAUAUCUAGAUAGAUUAAGUAGAUUUCAUUGUUUAGGCAUCAUGUAUCUUAGCAUGGCAUUAAUGCCUUUAUUUUUAAAGUUAAUCUUGCCUGAUCGUUACGCUAGGUACAGGAGCAGCUUAGACAUAAAUAUACAAUGUACCUGUGCAACAUAUGAGUUCAAGACCAGAAAAACACAUGGAAAUGGUUCUAUGUAUGCAACAAAUGCAUACAGGAGUUCUUACUACAUUAUUUUAUAUAGCUACAAUACCACCGGAAAAAAUGUGUCCCCGAAUCCUGAUUCCCGCAAGAGAGAGGCAACAAUUUAGAAUAUGUACUCCUCUACGAUGUGAAAACUACCGCAAGAACUAUCACUGUCAUGUGCAUUUGCAAACAUCCCCGAAUUUUGCACAAAUCCUUUGUGCACUUCACAAUGUUGCGAUAGUGCAACUUGAUGUCAUAGAAGAGAUAUUCCAGACAUCCAUUCUUAGAGGAAUGCAAAUAGUGUAGACGACGUACGUAACAUAAACAUAGUGUAGACUUACAUAACGUAAACAUAUUGUUACGUGUUGAGAUAGCAGGGUUCGGAAGGAUAGCAUGUUUAAUUAAAUUUAUGUCUAUUUAUUCUUUACAUUAAUAUUUACGCUUUAUCGCUUGAACUAUAAACAGUCUAAUGUCUAUCCCCACAACCUAGUUAAAUUAUAGUAUAUUGUAGACCCUUUACUGGAGCUGAGCUCAGCAGUGACUCACUGUAUCGUUAGUCUUGCUCUUGCACCGUUCAUUAACACACUUCUUUGCACUACUCACUUGAGCACUGCACCGCAACACUGCUACACAUCUUCCACUCGGUCACGAAGCCUUCACCAAACCAUUGCUUGUCACCCUGUUUUGAUCACUGGUAACGCUAACCAAACCAAUCUGGACUGGUUACCCUCGCUGGUAUCAUUACUGCACAGAUAUACUCGUCGCUCUCGCUAGUAUUGCUACCGAAGGAGUUCUCUAAUUAUCAGCUGACUAGCUUAUAUACCUGUGGGGUUUGGCUAGAAGAUGUCUUGUACCUUUGUGAUUGCUGCAAACAGGCAAUUUUUAUCUCACAUAUUGGGAGCAUCCAGAGAAAGUGCCAAGGUAGCAUUCUUUGGCCCUCAGGACCAUGUAGAAGUCUCUCAAGAGAGAUGGCAGUGCCACUUCGCGACAGUGGUGGCCGAAGUGCGCCGUGUCGCAGUUAUUGCUGAGAUACAGUUCCUCACAGGCGCUUGGGUCAUAUGUGGAGUGUGGCUUAAGAUGACACCUAGGGGCUUGGUAGGACACCUGCACAUAGUAUCUCAUGCACCAUGCAUGUGUUGCAUUUCUCAGAAUAGCCUUGUUAGCAUUUUUUUUAUAUAUACAGUAGAACUGUGUUGUAAUGUUUUUCAAGGGGGCAUAAGGAAUAAACAUGAGCAGGAAAUAUCAGUUUUGCCCUUGUCAUUGUGUGAACUUUUUACCAAUGGACUCAUCAAGCUAUGAAAACAAAUUUAAUGUGAAAACCACUGUUGGGUAAGCCAACAAUUUUUCAACUUUGUCAUGCUUAUAGCUUCUGUUUUAUUCAUCUUUAAAGGCACACCAUCACAUUUCUGUAAAAUUCACUCACAAUUUGUGACGAAGACAUUUACAGUUGUAAUGGCUAUUUACAAUUCUUUUGCCACUUGAAAAUGUGUAAUUUUGGGAUUCCUAGCUACGAAUAAAAUUAAUUUAACUCUUUCUUAGCUAUAGCAAACACUUUUGGUUUUGUCAUCACUGAAUAGUUGGCAACUAAAAUAUUGUAGGACUAUGUAUCUUCUUCGGAAAAACACUAGAAUGGUAAGAAACGGAAUGAUUUGUUAUUUUUUUACCCACGUCAAGGGUGCCAACAGACAUGUUAUGUACUUUCGAUAUAUCAAAUACACAGCUUUAGCUAGCACUAACAUUUAGCAAUAGUGUUUGGCACAUUUAUAUUUUGUUUUUUGCAUACAAUCCUAUUUGAAUCUCUGUUAAGAAGUUUUCCAAGGUUAUUAGAAAUUUGAAUUUAUAAAUAGGAAAAAAUAUUAAAAUUUGUAUGUAAUACUAAUAAGACAAGUGCUAAAUUUUUUAUGCUUAUUAUGCAGGGAAUUUUCUUAAGAGGGUUGUUACUGUAGUUGUAAAGUGUGGUGUCUUUUUAAGAACUAUCCAUUUGUUGCCCUUAAUUGUUUUAUCAAAGAUAUACAUAAUAGGAAAAUAAACUUGUGGGUGGCUUGGUGGUAAGUCUUCUGUUGCUUAUGUCUGUGGUUCAUUUUGAAGCCUCAGUGGGUUGGUAAUUUUUGGAAUAAAGAUCGUGGUAAUGGUGCUUAGUUGUUGUCCCGAUGAGGGUGUGGGUGUGGGAGUCAUUAAAAUUUUUGUUUUAGUCAUAAUUCGAUCAUGCCAGUUGCAUCCAUUUAUGUGUACUAUUUCUUUCUUCAAACUAGUAUCUUGUUUAUUUUGACCCUUGCUCUUCUGGAGAUAUGCCUUUUUUACUAAUAUAACCAGUAUGUUGACUUGUUCUCCUGCUGCAGCUUGGAUAUUAGCAUUCAACUACAAUGUGUGUAGUUUUUUAUUUGAAAGUCUUUGAUUACUGAAUUUCUUAUUGAACAACCAUCCAAGGUUUUUUUUAAGUUUUUGAAAUAUAUCAUAGUUUUAACAGUAGAUUUUAAUUUUCUUUAGUGCUAAUGGUUUUAUAUUAUCUAUGGACUGAGUGCUAGAAUUAAUUAAGUCAAAGAAUACAUUGUGCAAUUAGAAUUUUUAUUAAUGUGUACACACAAUGUGUGAGAUUUGUAAUUUCUUUGUUUUUACAAAAUUAUUGUUAAUAUGAGUUACCAUAAUGUGUCCUGGUUAGUUUGUCAUCUGUUAUUAACAGGUUAUUUUUGGGUUUUGUAUGUAUAAGUAUUUUAUUUAUAUAUAUUAUGCAGAUUUAGGUAUGGUUCUAAAACAGCAGUAUACUCUGGAUUUUAUUUAAUUUAUCAUUUUGGAGAUCUUUUAAAAAAAAUUAUUUCAAUUAAAAGUUACUGAUGUAUUUUUUUUUUAUUCACUUGUUGACAUGAAUCUAGUUAUAUGUUAUCUAAUGUGGGCAUGCUAUCUUUUGAGAUUCAGUUAUGUUAAGUUUUUGUUGUUCUAGCCUGGUGCUACUUAAAAACCAGAGAAAAAAAAAAGCUAAUAGUCACAACCAUCCAUAUUUCUUUUCAUAAUCAUAAAUAAUACAAAACUCACUUUUUACUGAUCUUAAUUUUAAUAUUAUGCGAGUUCAAAAUUAUUGUGGACAGUUUAAAGCUUAUUUUUCACUGGAACAGUAAAUUUAAUCUCGGGCAUUUAGAGUCGUCUCUGGGCUACAAAAAUAUCUUCUUGAAUGUAGACCAAGUAGUCUUCAUCUAAAAUUUUUGCAGUUUUUGUCCAAAUUCAAGUGGCAAUUUCCUUCAGCCACUUACUUUCAUGUGAAUAUUCUUCCAGCCCAUUAAAAAAACAGACAUUUUAAUUUUAUACAAAAAGUAUACUUUCAUCAGUUUAUAGUUAAAUGUUUGUUUGGCUCAUCUUUGCCUGCUAGUUUACAUUUUUAAAUGGUAAAUAUAGGGUUCAACACUGUGUAGUUUUACAGAAAGAUUUAAUGUGAUGAGACAGAACAAUCAUCAAGCAGCCACUAGCAACCCUAAUCUAAAUUUUUAUAUUUAUUGAUACUUUCAUUUGUCAUGGAUUCUUAGAACUUUCCUUUAAAAACUAUGAUUCAGUUAAAUAACAUAUUAGAUAUAUAUUUGGAGAUGUUUUGUUUUUCUAAGGUUUGAUAUCAUGUGUUUGAGAUACAAUAUAACUAUGCAAUAUAAAAGGAACACUACCUUGAUGGUCAAAUCUCUGAUGUGGUAUCAAAAAUUCAACUUUGCAAGAAUGGCAAUGAAACUCCUUUUGGACUUAGACAGUCAAUACAGAACUAUUUAGAACAUAACACAAAACAAGAAUUAGAUAAUAAGAUCUGUGUCACUAACAAUUUUGCAAUUUCUGAUCAUAAAAAAAAAAAAUUGCACAGAUAAAGUUAUCAGAAUGUUUGCAUGUUUGUAAGUUAGCAAGUUUUUGAGUUAAGUAAGUUUACGAGUUGAGCAAGUAUGCUAUUGUGCAAAUGCUCAAAUAUGCAAGUGUUCUAUAAUGUAAACAUACUAUCGAUCACCCCACUCUUGAGUCCCUUCCCCUCUCUGCCAUCGAGUGCUCACUACUGAUGGUUUCCCUCUGAGCAUUACACUUUUGUUACGCUCUGAUUAUGUCGUAACAUUGACUCUCACUACCGAUUGUUAAGAAUUUUCACUUAAAAAAAUCAUCUGGAUAUUGACAAUGUAAAUAUGAUUCUCUGUUUUGCUUAUGUUCUUAUUUACCGUGGUAAAAUGGAAGUGUUUAUUUAAUCUAAUGUAAGGAAGGUUAUCCAACUGGUUUUGGGUUUAAAAUACAUUCACAGAAUUUUUUAAGAUAACCUAGUAAAUAACAAUGAGAAUCAAUAACUUGAAAAGUUAAAUUGCAGUAAUUAAAGAAAAGUUUUAAUUUCAAAAUGUAUAAUGUUAAUUUGAGAAAAAGUGUUAAUGAUAAUGUUAUAUGGUGGUUGUCAUGACUUAUUUUAAUUGAAAAUUGAAUUAUUUUUCUUAUAUUUUUAGAACAGUUCUGAGACUUAUUCAUAAGAUGUAUAUUCAUUUUAGGUUAUUUUAUGGUAACUCAUUUUCCCAAUAUCAACGUUAUUCGCCACAGUUCUAUGUGACAUAUGGAGAAAUCUGUUGCUUGGUUUGUAACAUUUUAGGAAGAAAGGUAUGUGGAACGUGUUCGAGAAGAAUUUCGUCAUGUUUGUCUUGCUUUGUGAGAGUAAACAGGGAAGAGAAAUGGUGCCUCGCGGGCGAACGGUGCCACUUGUACUAACCAUCCAACAAAUAUAUAACCCAUAUUUUUAUAGUUCCAGAGUGCGAAUAGUAUUGUGUGUGUACAUGAACAAGAUUGUGUCUCUACAGAGUAUGCUAUGUUUUGAAUACUUUGUGAGUAAUUUGAUGUUGAGUAGAUGUUUUAGUGAAUCACAUAAUGUAGAUGUAACUUUUCUUAGCUCUAUAUAAAAAAUUCUUGGUUUUUGCAGUUGAAUGGUAGUGUAUAUUUGUGGGAUUUUGUAGAUUUUUUUUUUGAUAAGGACAGGUAUUUUUACCUUUUUAAAAUAAGUGAACUCUACUUAUGCAUCAUUUAGACAUUUGGAUUUGUAUUUUGCUUUUGACCAUUGAAAUUAUGUGAAUACUUUUAUGUUAUUCAAAACACAUAUUGUUAUGAUAUUUAUUGAUAUAGUUUUGUAGGUAUUUUAGGUUUAUGCACAUUCUUGUGUAUUUUGGGUUUUAGCAUUGCUCAGUAAUAUGUUAAUAUUUAUUUUUAUAAGUGAAAAAUAUUGUUGUAAAUUGGCCAUCAUGUCUACAUUAUCAUAUGUACAUGUUCUGAAUUAUAUUGUAACAAUAAUUUUGCUGAAUAAUUUUAGCAUAUUUUCAAGUUCUAAAGUUUUUGUAAAUUCUUUAUUUUAUUUUAAUUGAUGUACCUGCAUUUAAUUUUUAUGCCAUAAUAGUGCUGUGUGUAUUGAUGGCUUUUAAACAUUAGGUUUGUAGUUAAUGAAAAUGAAUACUUUUACAUACUCUAAUAGAUGAGAGGAAUAUACAUUUUGUAUGAGUUAUAAAAUUACUCAGGGCUUCUGCUUUCAAAAUUGAAAAGCUUUACAUGUUUACUGUUUUUUUUGUAAAAUUAGCUCUAUGAUUGGCUCAUCAAGUUCUGUGGGAAUUAUGUACUUUUUUAUCUAGUGGAAUAACGUGUGAUGAAUGCCAGCUUAAUGUCUCACAUAAAAAUCUGUCAAAAAAGGGAAUUCACGAAAUACAUUUAAAUAACUGCAAAUGAUUUUUUGAUUCUUUAUGUUCAGUUGGAUUUUCAGGUCAUUAAACUAUUAAACAUUUCUAUUUCAUAUUGUAAAGUUGAUCUUAACUUUAAGUUUCUUGUUUGUCAUAAUAGUGUGAUCAUAAUUUACAGUUUCAUAUGUGCUAUGGGUGUGUGUGUGUGUGUGUCACUGAAGAACUGAUAUUAAAUUAUGCCGUUGA